AAAACCCUCUCUUUAGGGUAUUUGAUUUCCAUGAUGAGGAAGCCUAGCAAUGGUGGUGCAACUGCUACUACUAACAAGCUUAGGAAAGGGUUGUGGUCACCGGAGGAAGAUGACAAGCUCAUCAACUAUAUGUUAACCAAUGGCCAAGGUUGUUGGAGCGAUGUAGCCAGAAAUGCUGGCCUGCAAAGGUGUGGCAAGAGCUGCCGUCUCCGUUGGAUCAAUUACCUGAGACCAGAUCUCAAACGAGGCGCCAUAUCGCCGCCGGAAGAAGAGCUUAUAGUCCAUUUGCAUUCCAUUCUCGGCAACAGGUGGUCUCAAAUUGCGGCUCGCCUCCCUGGUCGUACCGACAAUGAAAUCAAGAACUUUUGGAAUUCAACGAAAAAGAAAAGGAUCAAGAAAUCGUCCUCCUCCUCCUCACAGAACGCAAGCGAUCCAUGGACGUCGAACCCUAACAAUGAUUCCAAGGCCGUCGGCGGGUUCACGUCAGUGGUGGAACAACGGGUUCUGCCCAUGUACAUCGAUUUAUCGUCGACUUUGUCCAACUCUUCUUUGCAAUCCACAGUCUUGAAUCCCACUGGAGCUGUGUUCGGUGCCACCACCGGAUACUUUGGGACACAGGUCGGUACAAGUCUCGAUUGUUUCUACGGCGAAAACGAGAUAUUCGAUAACGUCGACAAUGUGGAGGAACUAUAUAUCCCUCCUUUAGAAAACGUUGGAGAAAGACGUAAAGCCGAAAACACAUUUGAUAGCGACAUCAUCACCACCGCCGUGACCACCACCAACAACAACAUUAACAACAACCCUUUUAGUAUCAAAUCAGAGAACAUUACGGCCAGCCCGGCCAUGGGGAAUUUUUGGUUAGGAGAGGAGCUUAAAGUUGGAGAAUGGGAUUUAGAGGACUUGAUGAAAGAUGUUUCUUCCUUUCCAUUUCUCGACUUAAAAAAUUUGAAUUAUUAAACACGCAGGUCAAGAAAUUAAAACCCUAGAAUCCAUUUCCAAACCUUAAACCCUGUCUCUUUGAUAGUGAA